CGAUACAACACUUCCUCUUCUCUUUACGGGUAGGGCUCGUCUUGACGCAUACUCUUCAUGCCUUCACCGCCGCCUGCUCCCAGACGAGCCAGGCCAGUUCGACCCGGGGACUGGCCCUCGCGUGCCCAGGAGCCAGCGACCCAGCGUGCGCAGGGUCAAGCUGCCGUCGCGGGAAGAGCCUCGGUUUCUGGAUUCGACUCGUCCGACGAUAUCCUUCUCGGCGGAGAUCGGGCUGGCGCACAACAUCCUUUCGUCGCAGGAAACAUCAGAAGAGAUGGUGGGGACAACAACUCCAGCUUUACAUUUGCUGAUGCUCGUCCGGCUGGGAUGCUGCCUUCAGCGGCAGCAGGACCCUCCAGAUUGUUUGCCAAUUCUGAUGAGCUGAUUUCAAAGCUCACUGGCGGCUAUCGUGGCGGUAUGACCGGCCUCAUGCCCUCAUCUGACUUCAGUGUUGACCUCAAAUCAUCUUCCAGAUUCGCCGGUGCAAGUCUGGAGACACCUGGACUGCUGCCUAUGGCUGGACCUUCGAAAGGGCGUGUUCCCCAACCUGCGAGAAAUCGACUAUCUGAUGAGACGUCUUCCUUUCGGGCUUCUCCUAGACCGCUGAGAGGAGGCGCGAGGCAUACACAUGCAAUGCCAUCGACACCUCUGGGGGCUGCUGGCCAUCAGCCUUCGGGACUCAAUGCAGAUGGCUCCUUUUCUGUAGUACGAGAUGAGGACGAGGCCAACAACUCAGGUCUACUCGAGCUCGGCCCUCUCAGCUCCUUCGGCAGACAAGCGGAUCUCUUUGGCCUCCGUAAGUUCAGAGGCCUUCAAGCGAAAAGCAGAGAGGGGUCACAAGAGAAUGCAGCUGCCGGAAGUGUCGGUAGUGGCCGGAGCAGCAGAGGGACAGCGGCGGCAAAGACGAGCUCAAGCGAUGCGGCUAAUGGGAGCGUGGUCGAGCAUUCGAUCUUGUCCGAAGUUCCGGAGUCUGAUGAACUUGAGAUGGAUGCAAUUGGAGCGGAAGGUAGCGAAGGAAACCAGCAAUUACUGCAGAGGCUAAGAUUAUGGCGUCAGGAUGCCAUGGAGCAUCACCUCUACGACACAGCAAUAUUCUGGGGCGAGAAGGUGUUGUGCAUGGAAACGCAAGAGACACAGCGGCCGAACGAUGCCUAUUUCCUCGCCAAGGCGUACUUUUUGACCCACCAAUACAGUCGAGCAGAACACCUGCUUGUCAACCCUCUCCCACCUGCAGCUGCCCCACAGCUACCUCCGCCUCCUCCUCCGCCUGGAGAUUUACAACGACCGAUGCAAGCGGAGGAUAUCCCAGACGAAGACGCACUCGCGGCCGCCUUGGAAGGAGCCAGAAGGAACACCGUCUUGCCUGCCAGCCUAAUCCAGCGCUCGGCAGGGAAGUCAGGCUUCAAUGCAGGUGUGUUGCAUUCUGACAAUGAGAGAGCCGAUGCGCCAUUGCUGUCAGACGACGACUUUGACGGCGACGCUGGUACUGAGAAGAAGCGGAAAGACCGGGAAUUCACCGUCAGCGGGACCGGGACGGGAAGUGAGAGUAAUGGGGGCGAGAUCGAUAGCGAUGGUGCCGCGGAUGGUCUUCGCCGAGGGUACGCGGGCAGAAGAAGAGACAAUGCUGCCUCUGCCACUACACCACCCUUGCACGAACCGCGAGACUUCCGAAAGGGCAUCAAUCGUUCUGAUCCGCUUCGUCCGAGUCCAGUCGACCUUUCCAUGCCCCUGGCUGUCUACGAAGCAUGGACUGCAGAGCAAGACACAGCGCUGCAACACAUUCGGGCACAGUCGCAGCCGUUGGGCUCUCAAAGAAGCGUCUUGGGUCAAGGAGGAGCAGAGGAGCAGGAUGCUUCAAAUCAGCCCCUGGUGAAUAUAUCUUCUGCUUGUCGGUACCUCGCUGCCAAGUGUAGGGUAUGUCUGGGAAGAUUCGGGGAGGCUCUGGACCUGAUAGGAGAAGAGAGUGGUCGCUGGAUCAAAGGUGGUGCCCACGGCCGAUAUGGUGCAAAGGCACCUUCUUCGGAUGGCCUUCUCAAGGUCGCUUCUUCAGUGACCCAUCUUAGAGGAUUGAUUCAGCUCAGACUGGACAAUCUCAAUGCGGCUCGUGAAGCCUUCAUCGAGGCUCUGCGCAUCGACGUCAAGAAUUACGACGCCUUCGCUGCGCUGGUCGACGGGAAGUUGCUCAGCGGAGGCCAGGUGUGGAACCUGGUCGAAGGUCUGGAAUGGGAGGCUCAGAGCAACGGAGACAAACAAAGCUUCGACUUUAUACGGUUGUGCUAUAUGUCAAAGCUUGACAAGGAGGAGCAAGGCAAUGCGGUUCGAGCUGCGACUGCGCGACGAGAGCUGUGGUCCACCUACGGGGGCGCAGGGCACCAAGGCGGCUUGUACAACUCUACAGACCUCCUUCACGCUCUUGCCGAAGACCUGUACGCCCGCAGGCGCUUCACGGAUGCGCUCAUCGUGACCCGGAGGAUACUGUCGCUGGACGCAGAGCACGAGCAGACGAUCGAUUUACAUAUCGGCUGCAUAGCUUCCCUUCCUCCAGGGCAGGCCAAGACGUACCGCCCACAGCUUUACCUCUUAGCCAAUCGCCUAGUGGAAGAGCAUCCCGAUCGAGCUUCGAGCUGGUUCGCGGCUGGCACUUGGUAUGCCACGUCGCAACGGUGGGCUGAAGCACGCAAAUACUUCUCGAAGGCGACACUUCUCAACCCGCGCCAUCUGCCCUGCUGGCUGUCUUUUGCUCAUUCCUUUUCCCUCGAGGGCGAGUCGGAGCAGGCCGUCCUGGCAUACUCAAGCGUCGUCAAGACCUUUCCCAACGUCAGAUAUGCCAAGGUUUGCCUCGGCUCUGAGCAUCUCCGAAUGGGCAACCUGAAGCUGGCACGCACCUUCUUGGAAGGCGCUAGAGAUCCUCUGGGCGGGGGAAACCUUGAGAUGGGAGGCGAAGAAGAGAUGGGCGUCUUGCGCUAUUACGAAGGGCGCUUCGCCGAAGCGAUUACCAUCCUCAGCCGCGUCCUGCAGGCCUCUUCGGCAGCUGGCGAACCUUCGAGCUCACACCUCACUACGCGACUCAAUCUUGCUUGGGCUCUCUGCAAGGGCGAGCAAGCUGAUGAGGCUCGAAGGAUGUUCCGAUCGGUCAUUGAGAUCGAUUCGACAAAUGUCGCUGCCCACCUCGGACUAGCCAUGGUGGACCAUCGUGCGGGUCGCUUAGCAGACGCUGUUGGUUGGUACCAUGAUGCGCUCGCCAUCGAUCCUCGCCAUCCUCAGGCGACUGAAUUGCUGCAGGUCGCAAUGGAAGAGUAUGCAAGCCUGCCCAUCGAAGAUGAAGGAAUUGCGCCGCCUUCAAAGAGCGGUGCUGCAGGCAGAAAGGCGCGACUUUUCGAGCAUCUGGAACUUCCUCCGGAAUACCAGCUUUCCAACGCCCCAGCUCCUGGACUAGAGAUGCAGGAGGGUGUUUCACUGGAAGCUGGAGAAAGUAGCGUCAUGGACGUAGAGGGUGAUGAGGAGGAGCAAGAGGUCAGUGAAGAGACAAGACCGGUCGUGAGCGGGACAUCCUUCUCUACAGGUCAGCUUGACGGAGAGGAGAGCGUCGAAAUGGAUGAGACAGGGUGAGGGAAGAUGAACACUACAGCAUUUGUUCACGUAUCCGUUGUGCCGUAGCCUAGCCCGCGCCCACGUCCUCUUUGUUCUUCACAGCAGAUACCCCGAAAUCGGAAGUGUUACCGUUACUGUU